CCUUAAAUUGAGAACAGUGCGUGUGCGUAUCGAUCGUCGCCUCACCGGAUUCCGGCAUGAGCCGAGCGAUGGCCGCGGACGGCGAUGGCGAUGGCGAUUGCGAGAGGAAGAAGUACAAGGGGGUGCGGCGGCGGCGGUGGGGGAAGUGGGUGUCGGAGAUCCGGGUGCCGGGGACGCGGCACCGGCUGUGGCUCGGGUCGUACGCCACCGCCGAGGCGGCCGCGGUGGCCCACGACGCCGCCGUGUUCUUCCUCCGGGGCCCGGACGCCGCCGAGGGGUUCAACUUCCCCGAGAGCGCCGAGGGGUGCUACUGGCGCCGGGCGACGUCGGCCGGGGGGCAGCUGUCGCCGCAGUCGGUGCAGCGCGUGGCGUCGGAUGCAGGGAUGGCGGCCGACGCGGGGCUGGCGGUCGGCCGUGCGGAGGAAAGAGAAUUACAGCAGCAGCAGCAGCACCAGCACCAGCAGGAGCAGAACCAGCAGCAGCAGUUGGUGCAGCAGCCGGCAGUACUGACUGGGGAGUACUGGGGACCUGCAGGAGGGGAUGAGUGGUGGUCGGAUUAUGGGGUGGGGGGGUUUUAGUUGGAGGGAUUUGUGUGUUGAGGAUACGGAGAUAUACGCGUGUAGCAAAUUAAUAGAUAAAACUUCUGCCGAGGGCUUUCUAAUAACAACUCUAAAUUUGAUAAUUCAUUAAAUAAUUUUUAAUAUUAAAAUUUUAAAAAAAUUAAAGUCUAGAAAGAAAUAUUAUAAUUUUUGGAUGUUGUUAAAAAUAAUAUGUGAUAACGAAUUGGGAGCGAAACGAUGUUGGGGAGCUACCCACUAAAUUUUUUUUGUAGAAGCUUCCUCAUGUAUGUAGUAAGUGUUAUUGGAGGGAAAAGAAAAACACUAUUCAAUAGUGCAUCAAGAGUCAUGUUGCGAUUGAUCUCAUUUUUAUGUUUAAAACAAGA